AUGAAUUCAAUCAAGCAAUUAUCAGCAAUUUACGUCAAACAUAGGACACGAAUUUCGAAGGUUCUUUACAUCUAUCUCUUGUUUUCAUUGUUGUCCUCAUCUGUUAACUUAAAUAUCAAGCAGAAAAUUAUACGCUUAUACCAGAGAAGAAAGAAUAUUUUGAAGAAAAAGGCAGAAGACGUUGGAUCUUUGAUCAGGCCGGAAUCAGAUGAGGUUGUGAAAAUUAACAGAGGAGUAAAAAGCUUGACAGAUUACCUCUUACAAGUUGGUGAUGCCAAAGUGUUGAAAAUUCUUAUAUUUCAAGUUCUCUUUAUCUUCGCUAAAAUUUAUCUCAAUUUCAAACUCAUCGACAUCGACUCUAGAUUGGUGUCUAGUUUGUUUGGAAAAGAUUAUCGACAGUUCUCCAAAUUAACUUUCUAUUGGUUAUUAAUUGGUAUUCCAAUGAGUUACCUAACUUCUUUAUCAACAUACUUAACUGAUACCUUAUCUAAAACUUUGAUUGUCAACAUUUCAAGUGAUUUGAUGAAUACUUACCUAUCGUCCUCGUUUUCGACCGCCAAGGAUAAUUUGAAUGCUUUGUACAAAAUAAAUCAUUUUUCAAAUAAAAUCAAUGAUCCCCAUCAAAGAAUAUCAGUUGAUAUUUUUGAAUUUUGCAACAAUCUAUCUGCUAUUCCCUCACUCAUUUUGAAUCCGUUUUUGAAUUUGGUUGUUGUUUCGAGCAAAUUAUUUAAUUAUGAUCAAGGUUCAAUGACUGAAGCGACAUUAUUUUUUGGUUUGGUGGUUAAUAUAUCUACUAUUUUAAUCAAAGUUGCUUCCCCUAGCUUUUCAAAAAUUGCAAACAGUUACUCUCAGUUAGAAUCAGAUUUUCGACAAGUACAUUCAAGCAUCAUCAACCAUUUUGAACAAAUUGCUUUAUUGAGAAGUUGGAAUAGAGAAUUAUAUGAUGCAGAUUCAUACUACUUUGUUUUAGAAAGGUUUUUGAGGAGAAACUACAGAAAGUUUGCGCUUUACAACUUUGUGAAGACUUUUAUAAUCAAGUAUACAUGGGGCGCAAUGGGGUUGAGUUUGUGUGCAUUCCCAGUGUUUAAAAAUCAUUUUCAAAGGUUAAAACCGCCUUUGAGUAAGAACAAAAUCACCAAAGACUUUGUUCAAAACAGAAGCUUAUUGAUGAAUUCCUCUAACGCCAUGGGUGAAUUACUUUCUUCCAAGAAAAAUAUUGAUCAAAUUAUUGGUACCUCCAAAAGAAUUAUUGAACUUAAGAACACCUUGAUGGAAUUAACCAAUGAAGAUGACUUUUCAAUUAGUGGUGAUGGUAGCGUUGCUGGAACUGUGAUUCAUAAUAAUGAUGUCAUACAGUUUAAGGAUGUUCCAUUAAUCACACCUACAGGCCAAUUAUUAUGUAAUCCAUUGAAUUUCACCAUAAACCAUGGAGACAAUCUUUUGAUUAUUGGUCCAAAUGGCUCUGGUAAAUCUUCGUUGUUCAGAUUAUUGAGUGGUCUUUGGCCUGUUAAGUCUGGUGAAUUAACAAUUCCAGAAUAUAACUCAAUUUUUUAUUUACCCCAAAGACCAUAUUUGAUCAAGGGGAAAACCAAUUUGAUUGAGCAGAUCAUAUAUCCAAAGUCAUUCCAUGAGUUUGAAGUCGAACUUACCAUGCCUAAUUCUAAUGCAAAAAAGAUUUACAAGGAUUUAAUUGAUAUUUUGAAGAUACUUGAAUUGGAUUAUUUGUUGAAGGAUAAUAUCUCUGCGGAGUCUGAAGAGGGCUUAACAUUUGAUUCUUUGAGAUUUGCCACUGACGACUCAGAUUCAGAAAGCAGUGACGAGGAAGGAUAUAACUACCAUUCCAUGAUAUCUGUUCUACUUAUGGUACAAGAUUGGUCACAACAAUUAUCGUUAGGAUCUCAGCAGAAGCUUGUAAUGGCAAGACUAUACUACCAUAAACCGAAAUUUGCGGUGCUUGAUGAAUGUACUUCUCAGGUUACUCCAGAGAUGGAGAACAAAAUGUAUACUUACGCAACAAAGCAUCUAAAGAUUUCGGUUCUCUCAGUGGCACAUAGAACUUCCAUCUGGAAGUUCCAUCAAUACUUGCUACAAUUUGAUGGUAAAGGCGGCUAUAUUUUUAAGAAAUUCAACUACAAAAAGAGAAUGCAAUUUACAGAAGAGAAAUUUGAAAUUGAAAAGAAUUUGAAUCAUUUGCCAAACUUGAAGGCGAGAUUGACAGAGUUGAAGAUUGUUAAAGAAAAUCAAUUAAAAAGAGCAUAA